UUAACCUCACAUUGCUGUUUUUCUAGGGUUAGGUGUCACCUUUCGUGAGAUCAUUUGUUAAAAGAACGAUCAUUAUUAAGAGAAAAUGAAGCUUUUUGCAGCUUUGUGGAGAAGGAAGCAUAUGCCCCCUGGUCACAUAUGGAGAGGCAAGCAUCGGUUGUACAAAGAAGUCACAUCUAUGCAUCUAUCACAAUUAAAAGAUAACCUUGCCACAGAAGAAAAGAAUAUGUUCUACUUGAGACAUGCCUUUAUAACUCCUGAACAAUCAGCGGGACACGCAAGAGCUCUCGGCAAAAAUCAAAUGAACUAUGUUAAAACGAUGACGAAACGAAAGGAAUAUUACGAAAAUGUUUCAAUCGAAUCCAGAUUAGGACACCUGAGAGUUAAUGAGGGAUGGGAUUAAGUACUAUCCCGUCGUAUUUGUAUAUUUUUUGUGUAGAUUUGGUAGUCCAGUAGCAAGAUACUUUAUAUACAUUUUCCUUCAUGAUCGGAAAUAAAUGGAAUAAUAAAAUUGUUGCAAAUAAAAUGUGUUUGCCUUCA